CUGGAAUUAAGUACAAUUUUUAUAAUAAAUAUUAUACGAUCGAGUGUAUCAAUUAAUGGAAAUUAUAACUGCGCAAUCGCGUCUCAUUUUCGAGCGAGCGCGCGAGAGCUAGCAGAACGCACUGGAACGCAUACUGAAUUUGUCACACGACAAAACGCACGUGGCGGUUGUAAUGUAACCAAAAAGCUAUGUUCACAAAAUAUACUGGCAAUAUAAUUCUAUUAGGAGAUAAUACAUCUUUUUAAUAGAUAUUGUUUAUGAAUAUGCGUUAGUAAAAUGUAUCGAUAAAUGCUACACAUUUAUAACCGCUAAUAUCGAAUUUAUACUGUAACUCGAAGAAGUUAUUUACCUUUAAAAGACAAUGGAAGUUAACUUAGGAGAUGUAAUAAUGCCUGGAGAUAUUGUAAAGGAUAUCGCAGAAGUUAUGAAAAAGGAAACGAUAGUUUUGGGACCUGGACUUCGUCGUGAAGUUGAUACAGUUUACGCGUAUAAAGCAGGCGUAUUGAAGAAAAGAGAUCCAGCCAUAUACUAUGUAGAUUGUUAUCAGAAACGAUACGUACCAAGUCGCGGAGAAAAUGUAGUUGGUAUAAUAACACAAAAAGCAGGUGACAUUUUUAAAGUAGAUAUAGGAGCCAGUGAACAUGCAUCUCUUUCAUAUCUUGCAUUUGAAGGUGCAACUAAGAAAAAUCGUCCUGAUGUACAAGUUGGUGAUCUUGUUUUUGCCAAGCUUCUAGUUGCCAGUAAAGAUAUGGAAGCAGAACUUGUAUGCGUAGAUUCUCAUGGCAAAGAAAAGAAUUUAGGUGCUUUGACUUCAGAUGGCAUGCUUUUUAAUUGUUCUUUGAGCCUCAUCAGAAAAAUAUUGAAUCCCACUUUUUCGUUGUUCAAUAAACUGGCACAUAGUCAGGCAUUUGAACUAGCAGCUGGAAUGAAUGGUAGAAUAUGGGUUAAAGCAAGAACUAUUCAAGAAACAAUAGCAGUGGCAAAUGCUAUUUUAGCCGCAGAAUAUGCUGCACCUAGUGACAUAGAAAAGCUAUGUUCAAAUAUUGAAAAAACCUUACUUUUAACGCAAUCGAACAACAUAGAUGAAUCAUAAUAAAUAGAAACAGCCAUCUGUUACGAAUGAUUAUUUAUUAUACCAAUAUAUUUAAUGAGUUUUAUAAAUAAAUCUGUAUGAUUUCUUAUAUGAAACCUGGCGAUUAUAGCGACAACCAUCGUGACAACCAUCGUGAUAAAAAUGUAGAAUUAGAACUACACGUAGUACAUACAGUAUCAUUAUGUAUGUUGGUCAUGUACACUGCUAUGAUAAUAGAAAGAAAAUGCAAAUAUCACUACUAGUAAUGAACUUCUAUUAACGAAAAUAUACUUGAAUUCUCAUACUACUUGUAUUUCUUAUUCUGAUUGCAAUUUAAUAAUGAACAUUAUUUGAUACAUAAAUUAUUUUGAUAAAAAAUUAGAAUAAAUAUUGAAAAGUAUUUUCAUGAAAAUGUCAUUAUAAAGCACUCGUUUCUAAUGAUUUUGUAAAAUAUUGCUCACUAUCAGUGUCUACAUGUAAGUGUAAAAGUGAAUAAACCGAUUUUCGCUAUAUUUUCUGAUAUGUAGCUAGUAUCUUUUAACUGUAGUGUGAAAGCUACACUCUAAUGAUAGUAUCAGUUAUUCAAGCACAACCUUGACUUUCUUUAUUUUUGCCCCACAAAAAUAUUUAAUCAAUUUUUAAAUCAAGCAUAUUACACAGUUUCAUAUUUUGUUUGUUCGUAAUACAGAUUUUGUACGUGAUGGAAUGUGCACUGUUUAUAAUUUAUAAAAUAAAGUGUAAAUAUGUUGGUAUCGGGAAAACAUUUUUCUAAACACUAUAACCACAUAUAAUGGCUAUAGAAUAAAUUCAUACAAUAGUUAAAAACUAAAAUAACACUGAUUUAACAUGAAGAAUAAUUCUAAAUGUAUGUGGAGUAUUAUUAGAUUUUAAAUAACAAUAAUCUGACACAAUAUAUUUGGCAUAAAUAAAGUAAACUAAUAUAAUCAAGAGUGCAUGUUUAACAAUUUAUACAAAAUAUAGAAAUAAAACAAUAAUGUGUAAUAGUAUAUACAAAUUUCGUUUCCUACCUAUCUUUUUGUUUUUCUAUGGAACAAACAUUUACUUAAAGAAAUCAUCAAAAACGCUUUGGGUGUGAUAGAUAGUACACAAUAUGGUAACUUAACAUAAAACUAAUUCAAAGAUUAAUACUUAUUUCGUAUAACAUUAUUUCUGGAAUUAUCGUUAUAAAUCUCUUUUACCAUCACUUAAUGUAAGGAUAUAAAAUUAAUGUUAUUACUCUAAUAGACAAUGACAUGACAGACG